CGGGCGUGGGCUAACGGCUGUGUGGGAGCCGCGCGGGACCGCGGCGGCGGCGAACUGUGCCGGAGGACACAGCCUUUUCUGUGCCAUUGGCCAGAGCCCUCAGUCCUUGUCCAUGACGACAGACCCACCAUGUUUUAUGGGACCCACUUCAUCAUGUCUCCACCCACCAAGAGCAAGCUGAAGCGGCAGAGCCAGCUGCUGUCCGACAUGCUGUCCCGGACGCUGAGCUACAAGUACCGUGACCUGGAUGCCACCUUCUCUAGCCUGGGCGCCAGCGACGACCCUGCAGAACUCUCCACCCAGCUCUCGGCCCCUGGGGUCCUGAAGGUGUUUGGGGACAGCGUCUGCACGGGAACCCACUACAAGAGUGUCCUGGCCACCGGCAUGUCCAGCGCCCAGGAGCUGGUGAAGGAGGCCCUGGAGCGCUAUGCCCUGAGCCCCGAGUGUGCCAGCCAGUACGUGCUGUGUGACGUGGUGGGCCAGGCCGGUGACUCGGGGCAGCACUGGCAGGCUGAAUGCUUUCGGGUCUUUGGGGAUAACGAGAAGCCCCUCUUGAUCCAGGAGUUAUGGAAACCUCGAGAAGGCUUGUCCCGGAGGUUUGAGCUAAGAAAGAAGUCAGACGUGGCAGAGCUGGCGGCCAAGGACGUGGACACCAUGACCGCAGGGAUCAACGCUCAAGCCCGGAGGCUGCAGCGGCACCGUGCCAAGGGAACCCCAGCCCUGGCUUCGGGGGGUGCGCGGAGCCCCCCCCCACUCCAGCUACGCCGCACCAUCAGUGAGAGCAGCCUGAGCGCGGCCACGGCCCAGGGCCCCGAGGAGCGUGGCCAGGACACCAUGCGCUACUCCCUCUAUGAGUCGCCCCACCUGCUCCUCCUGCAAGGCUACAGCCCCCAGCACGACAGUCUGGUGUACCUGCUGAACCGGGAGCAGCACACGGUGGGCCAGAGGACCCCUUCCAGCAAGCCCAGCGUCAGCCUCUCGGCCCCUGACAUCCUGCCCUUGCACUGCACCAUCCGCAGGCACCAGCCCCCGGGCCCAGAGCAGGUGGGGAGUGGGCUGGUCCUGGAGCCCAUCCCCGGGGCACCCGUCUCCGUCAACUUCUCGGAGGUGGGGGGCCAGGCGGUGGUGCUGCGCCACGGGGACCUGCUCUCCCUCGGCCUCCACUACCUGCUGCUGUUCAAGGAGCCAGCGCAGGCCCAGCCCCUGCCGGCCCGGGCCCUGGCCAGGCUAAGCGCCGUGCCGCGUGGCUGCGGGGUGUGCGGCGCUAUGCUCCGGGCCCGGGACGCCUCCACCUCCGGCUCCAUGCGGGCCACCCUGCCGCGGCCAAGGCUGCUGCACCUGGAGUUCGAGCCCGAAGUGGAGGAUGCACUGCUGCAGCGCAUCCUGACCCUGAUCGAGCCCAGCGGUGAUGACCACAAGCUGGCGCCUGCCUUCCUCCUCUGCCUCUGCGUCCAGCACUCGGCCACCCGCCUGGAGCCUGGCUCAUUUGGGCAGCUCCUGCUCAAGAUAGCUAAGGCGAUCCGAGAGACGGUCUGGGAGAAAACCAAAGAACUGGCGGAGAAGCAGGCACAGCUCCAGGAGCCCAUCUCCCUGGCCAGCUUCCCCAUGGCCGGCCUGGUUCCAGACCUGCAGCACAUCCUCUUCUGGAUGUCUAACUCGGUGGAGCUCCUGUACUUCAUCCAGCAGAAGUGCCCGCUCUACAUGCAGAGCUUGGAGGGGGAGCUGGACGUCACAGGCUCCAAGGAGUCCCUGUUCUCCUGCACGCUGACGGCCAGCGAGGAGGCCAUGGCGGUCCUGGAGGAGGUCAUCCUGUACGCCUUCCAGCAGUGUGUGUACUACGUCUCGAAGUCCCUGUACGUCUGCCUCCCGGCCCUGCUGGAGUGCCCCCCUUUCCAGACGGAGCGCCGGGAGAGCUGCUGCCCUGCCCCCCAGCUACCCGAGGAGCUGCGCCACGCCGUGUCUGUCUACCAGGCCACCCUGGACCUCCUGCGGCAGUUCCGGGUGCACCCCGAGAUAGCCUCCCAGGUGCUGGCCUACCUCUUCUUCUUCUCUGGCACUCUGCUCUUCAACCAGCUCCUGGACAAGGGCCCCUCUCUGAGCUGCUUCCACUGGCCCAGAGGCGUCCAGGCCUGCGCCCGCCUGCAGCAGCUCCUCGAGUGGAUGAGGAGCGCCGGCUGCGGGGAGGCCGGGGAGCGCUUCUUCCGGAAGCUUUCCUGCACACUCAACCUGCUGGCCACGCCCCGCGCACAGCUCAUCCAGAUGAGCUGGACAGACCUGCGGGCCGCGUUCCCCACCCUGAGCCCUGCGCAGCUACGCCGGCUGCUGACCCAGUACCAGCUGGCCUCGGCCAUGGGCCCCAUGAGUGCCUGGGAGCCAGGUGUCCAGGACAGCCCCGAUGCCUUCAGGUCAGAGGAGGUCCUGGAGUCGUACGAAAACCCCCCACCCAUCGUGUUGCCAAGCGAGGGCUUCCAGGUAGACUUAGAGGCGGACUGCCUGGAUGACAGCAUCUACCAGCACCUUCUCUAUAUCCGCCACUUCCUGUGGAGCCUGCGCAGCAAGCCCAGCCCCGUCGGUGCGCCUUCCCAGCCGGAGUGCCUCGAGGACCCGCACCACACCACCCCGGAGGGGCACCCCGAGGGCCAGAGCUGCCCGCUGGUUUCCAGGGGAGCCCGUGAAGCCGGCCAGGCACGUGCUCUGCCUUCCGCUGGGGCUCCCCGCGCACAGGGCCCUCCGGGAAGGCAGAACCGCGGGGGUCCCCAGGCUGGCCCCUCGCACGUAGACUCCUCGUGCCUGCUGACGCCUCCCAGCACCCCACUUGGCCUCGAGCCUGCCGUCCCCGACUGGCCCGAGCCUGGCAGCACCUGUGGGAAAGCACUUCCAGAAGGGAGGAGGAACACAACUCUAGAAGGAGACGGUGUGGGUCCCGAGGACGAGCCCCCUCCGGCCCCGUCCAGCUGCAGCUCCGGCGCCACGGAGGACUUCUGCUAUGUCUUCGUGGUGGAGCUGGAGCGGGGCCCCUCGGGGCUGGGGAUGGGCCUGAUCGACGGCAUGCACACACCGCUGGGAGCGCCCGGGCUCUACAUCCAGACCCUGCUCCCGGGCAGUCCCGCAGCGUCGGACGGCCGGCUGUCCCUGGGGGACCGCAUCCUGGAGGUGAACGGCAGCAGCCUGAGGGGCGUCAGCUACCUGAGAGCCGUGGACCUGAUCCGACACGGGGGAAAGAAGAUGCGCUUUCUGGUUGCCAAGUCUGACGGGGAAACGGCCAAGAAGCUCCGCUUCCGCACGCCGCCGCCCUGAGGCUUGGCCACCUCCCGCCAAGCUGUUCCCGUGUUCCUUGCUGUGGAUGAUGUACAUCUUAGUGUAUAUUUUAUUUAUAUGACAGAUAACACUAAGUUGUGAUGUUUGUUAUGGAGCUCUUAUGUUUAAAGAUUUUAAUGGAAACGUGUAGAUUCAAUAAACUAUAUUUCGUAA